AUGAAAAAAUUGACAACUGUCCCAUUUCAUGGUAUUAAACCGGGGACAAAGGAACCGGAAAUUUUGUUUACAGUGUGGUUUUCAGUGCAGUAUAUAAGUGGAAGGCAUGGUGAGGUUUGGUAUCCAGUGCUUCGGUUCACAUCGACAGGUAAGAGCCUUGUUUUUACUUUUUUUGGCUUGUUUUAGCUGUUACAGAGGGUUUUGAGGACUUUUGGACCAAAUGCCAUGUGAAGAUGACAUUGAUUUUCCAUUCUUAAAAAAAAUUUUUUAAAUUAAAAAAAAAUUUUUUUUUGAAAUUUAAAAAAUUUUUGAAAAUUUGAAAUUUUAAAAAUUUUAGUCAUGGGCAAGCUCGGAGUACAAAUCACUGCAGCCAUUUCGGCCUCAAUGGUCCUAUUCAGCAUCGUAUCAGCCAUCUACAUCUUCAAUGACAUCAACUCUUUGUACGAUGAGAUCAUGGACGAUAUGGUCGAGUUCAAAACUCACGCCGACGGUGCCUGGACUAAGAUGAUCAUGGCCAGAAGACAAUUCCAACCAACCUUCGACCAACUCAUCGGCCGUCACAAGCGUCAAUACGAUGCUGCUUCGUCCGGAGGCGGCGCCAGCCAAGGCGGCAGCCAAGGAGGUUGUGGUGGAGACUCGGGUUGUGCUCGCAAAGCCAACAGCUGCCCUCCAGGCCCACCUGGACCACCAGGACAACCCGGUUUGCCAGGAGAUGACGGAGCUCCAGGAGACGCUGGAAAAUCUGGAUUGGCUGGAGCUGCCCAAAUCGGAGACUUUGGCGGCAAAGGAGGCUGCUUCCCAUGCCCAGCCGGACCAGCUGGCCCUCCAGGCCCAGACGGACCACCAGGACCAGCCGGAUCAAACGGUGAACCAGGACAAGCUGGCCCAGACGGACAGCCAGGAAACCCAGGAACUGAAGGACCAAGCGGAGAUGCUGGACCAGACGGACAACCAGGAGCUCCAGGACAGCCAGGAGAGAAGGGACAAGACGGUCAACGCUCCACCCCCGUGCCAGGCCCAGCCGGACCACAAGGACCAGCUGGCCCAGCCGGUCAACCAGGACAAGACGGAGGUGCUGGCCCAGCCCCACAACCCGGCCCACCAGGUCCAGCUGGACCAGCCGGUCAACCAGGACAGCCAGGUCAAGACGGUCAACCAGGUGCGCCAGGAGGUCAGGGAACUCCAGGACAUGAUGCCGCCUACUGCCCAUGCCCACCACGUGGCGGUGCUCCAGUUUCUGCUCCAGUUGCUGGUGGUCAAUCUGGUGCUGAGGAGGGCUAUGCUCCAGGCAGCCAACCUACUCCAGCCCCAGCUGCUUCAGUCCAAGUACCAGCCGCUCAACAGCAAUACCGUCGUCGUGCCGCCAAGCGCGCUCGUGCCAUGCGUCAACGUGCUCGUCAAGCUUAA